CCGGCGUAGGGCCUCUCCUCGGCAGCGUGGCCGCUACGCCAACGGCGCAAGGGCCCGUCCGCCGUGAUGGGGGUGGUCGGGGGAGAGCCGGGGCCUCGCGUGGCGUAAGCGGCGUUGAAGAAUGGCGUAACGGGCGGAGAAGGCCGCGCGGCGCCGGAGAAUUGGACCCGUCGGGGCAGUCGCGAGGGCGAGGAGCGCAGCCCGGCCGCCGCAGCCUUGCGCAGUGGGAGGAGAAGGAGGCGCCCGCCCCGCUCGCCCAGCUCGCCCGCCCGCCCGCGCGGCGGCUUUUGGUACCGAGCGGAGAGGGAGAGAUGCACACGGCACGCUCGCGCUGAGAAACAGAAAUGAAGGUACACAUGCACACACAAUUUUGCCUCAUUUGUUUGCUGACAUUCGUCUUUCACCAAUGCAACCACUGCCACGAAGACGGGCACAAACACCACCACAAUGACUAUCAGAUCUCCGAGAAACCGUAUCUCCAUCACGGAAGGACGGAGCCCCUGCCAAGCAAAGAAGCUGAAGACGCACAGAAGUACUACAUUGAAAAACUCUUUGACCACUACAGUGAAAAUGGAAAGUUAUCAUUUUGGGGGCUGGAGAAAUUGCUGACAAGCUUGGGCCUUGGAGAAGUAAAAGUGGUAGAGAUGAGCCACGAGGACAUUGGCCACGAUUAUGUUUCUCAUUUAGAUGUAAUAGAGGUGCAAGAAGGAAGGCAUUCUCACUCACAUAACCACCCUCAUCCUCAUAGUCACUCAGGUUCAGAAAAUCAGACUGCAAGUGAAGGGUCUGCCAGAAGAUCCCAGAAAUGUGACCCAGAAAAAGGAGUCACAGAGUCCUCUUUGAAACCUGACGGCAAACAUGCCCGUGCCCGUGACCACAAUCUCAGGCACCGCGGGCACCGCCAUCAGCACCCGCACCGUCACAUUGGUCACAAUGGCAGUCACCAUUCCCAUAACGAUUCAGCAAGGGCUGGUGACCACGGGGAGCCAAGCCACGAGCCUUCCACAGAAACCAACACUACUCAAGAACAGGGCGAAGGAAAACCACGCAAGCCCAAGAAGGCCAGAGAGAAAAAGAAGAGUGGCGACACAUUGACAGACACGUCGCAAGACGUCGCCCCGGAUCGCGACUCCAACGAACAGACGGGACACAAUCAUGUGCAUAAGCACGGUAACGUGCAUCGUAUAUCUGCCUCGCACCCGCAGCUUCAAGAUCACGGUAAUGAUCACGCAGCUGCUCAUGGGCACCAGGAUCCCAACCCAGCCAGCGGGGAUGGACAUCACCACGCCAGAAAGCGGGAAGCCCCUCAUAAGCAGAUUAGCGUGGAAAAGCAAGACAUUUUUUCUGCACAUAAUCACAAAGCCCAUAAUGAAGAUGAACAUCACCACGAAGAGUGCCUAAACAUCACUCAGCUGCUAAGGCAUUACGGUCUUCGCCCCAAUUCUCCAAUUUCCCCCAGUUUGUUUACAUACCUGUGUCCCGCGUUGCUGUAUCAGAUUGACAGGAGACUGUGCAUUGAACAUUAUGAUGAUCUGCUGAUUGAAGACUUGAGUAAAGGAAAAAAUGCAUCCCUUGGAAACAUGGAUAAAACAGGCGCAUCAGCCUGGAUUUGUGGCCUCAUUUCUAUCACGGUCAUCAGCCUGCUGUCCUUGCUAGGUGUGAUCUUGAUCCCUAUCAUUAACCAAGGGUGCUUCAAAUUCCUGCUGACCUUCCUGGUUGCUCUUGCGGUAGGAACCAUGAGUGGAGACGCGCUGCUUCAUCUGUUGCCACAUUCACAGGGGACCCACAAUCACAGUCAACCCGAGGGGCUGGGUCACGCUCACGAGCACCAGCAUUUUCACGGGCAUUCCCACGGGCACGAAGGAGUGGCCCAGAACUUCCUAGAAGAGUACGAUGCUGUGCUGAAGGGGCUGGUGGCGCUCGGUGGGAUUUACCUUCUCUUUAUCAUCGAGCACUGUCUGCGGAUGUUCAAGCACUACAACAAACAAAGGACCAAACAGAAAUGGUGCAAGAAGAAGCAGAAGGUUGACGAGUCUCCAGUCGGGAGGAAACUGUCUGAUCACAAACUGAACAGGCCUGAUGCUGACUGGCUACAGCUGAAGCCUCUUGCAGGAGCAGAUGACUCCACUUUGUCUGACGAUCGACUUCAUGAAAGUGAAUUAACUGACCUCGACGGUCAGCUCGACUCACUGCAAAAGACCUUCCUGUCUGUGGAAGAGGAAAACAGCAUGCUCCAUUCCCACAACGACAUCUCCCAUGUUGUUCGCGACAACAACCUCCCUGAGGCUACGGAGUACGCCAGCAACCACCAAGAAGACAAAAUCAUCGUGCGGAAACACAACCACCUUUGGUCGCACAAACUUUCCCAUCAUUCCCAUGGUCACUGCCAUUCUGGCAAAGACCUGAAGGAUACAGGAAUAGCAAAUAUCGCUUGGAUGGUCAUCAUGGGGGACGGCAUCCACAAUUUUAGCGAUGGUUUAGCCAUUGGAGCAGCGUUCAGUGCCGGCUUGACUGGAGGGAUUAGCACGUCCAUAGCAGUAUUUUGUCAUGAGCUUCCCCACGAACUGGGGGACUUUGCUGUGCUCCUGAAGGCGGGCAUGACUGUGAAGCAGGCCAUUGUUUACAACCUCCUCUCGGCCAUGAUGGCUUAUGUGGGGAUGCUGAUAGGAACGGCUGUGGGUCAGUACGCCAACAACAUCACGCUCUGGAUCUUUGCUGUCACUGCCGGCAUGUUCCUCUACGUAGCCCUGGUGGAUAUGCUUCCAGAGAUGCUUCACGGCGACGGCGACAACGAAGAGCACGGCUACUGUCCGGUGGGGCAGUUCGUCCUCCAGAAUUUAGGGCUUCUUUUGGGAUUUGCCAUUAUGUUGGUGAUUGCCCUCUAUGAAGACAAAAUAGUGCUGGACAUCCAGUUUUGACCAUUCCCACCCUUCUGCUAUGGUCGCAGUGCCACUCAGCGUAUGGCUUUCAGUCUGCACGGCUGUACUGUAUGCACAUUGUUCCUGAGCAGACCCGUGGCUUGCGCCACUGACAAGUACAGUGCUCCGACGUCUGCGCAACCGAGCUCCUGCUUUCUAGCUCAAAACAAACAACCAACCCGAUUUGGAGGCGGCGCAGCUUCUCAAAAGCAACAACUACAUCUCAAGCAGGCAGCGUUGGAAGCAGAAAACACGGACGUGCUGUUUCGGCAUUGUUCCGGCACAUAAGUUGUCCUCCCCUUGGCCAAUGCAAUGUACAGUAGGAGCUGGGCCCCUUGGGUGAAAAGGCCUUUCGCUGUUAUGCUUGACCCAGCAGUGACCCGUGCUCCUCUGCUGGACCAGACCUGCCGUCCUAAGUGGAGGAUAAAAAAGGUCCGUCGCUCUUGUCUCAGGCCCCUGCUUAGAGUUUGUGUGUCCCCUCACCCGCAAAAAAAUAAAUAAAUCUGUCAGUGCAUGACCAAGAAGCGCUGUGGAUGGGGUGCUUGCCAAUUGUUUUUUAAAAACGCCCCUGCAUGUGGUCACGGAUGGUCUGACAGCAGCGUGAGCAUUAUAGUUGCUGCCGGCACUGGUGUCUGUCUGCUGUGGCUUCCCGGGGACUCUCCUGUCAUCUGUUUUGACCUGUGCUGAAUGGUUGUCGACCAAAGUGAAGCCCCGCCUUCGCCUGCUUUCCUCAUUGGACGGCCAGUUUCCCUGCCAAUCGACUGGGCCAACACAGAGAGUCUCUUAUUCCACUACCACCGCCACCACCACCCUUCCACAAACAGCUGUGCAGCUUCACUACAGGGAACACUUCUGAUCGUUCUGUACUCUGUUCUUUUGAAGCCUAAGGAGGACCGGGCCGAAAGGGUCUGCGGUGAGCCCCCGAGACCUGCCUUUUCUGAAAUGGGGGAGGGGUGACAAAGUUUUAUGUUUUUGACCUUAGCUCAUGUAUGUUGUCGCUGGAUAGUGAAUACUGCUGGGGGCGGGGUCUCUUUGGCCCUUCCCCUGAAUUGCUUAAAAUAUUGCGGGCUCCUUGAGCCCCGAACUACUGACAGGGUGUGUGUGCGUUUGUUGCUUUGUUCCUCUUACGGAAUGGCUGAGUUUGGACUUCCUUGGUUGCAACGGCCAAAUCGGUUCUCACUUUAUCCCCUUCCCAAUUCCAAGUUGAGAAGUCCCCACCCGAGCGACCCUUGGAGGCAAUCCUGGUGAUGGUUGACCCAACGUCCCAGGAAUGGUUCCGAGUGUAUCGCUUUGGCAUUCCUUGCCGCCUGGGCGCAAAGUACCCAUCAGUGCGUGGAAUUGGGACUGUGCCACAGGAGGCCCACUUCCAGCAUUUGCCGCGUGGGUAUAUUUUAAAGUUUUUGUUACGUUUUAGGUAUCUUACAGGUCCAUUCCUAUCUCAUUUCUCAAGUGGGGGGUGGGGCGGCUCCUUCAGGAAUCCUGUGGUCAUGUGUUAAGUGUUGGUGCAACCAGACUGCUGUUCUGUUGUGUGUGACCAGAAGGUUCCUGUGACCGUGGAGCAUUAUGGGAAGGAACCCCAAUGCAGAGAGAACGUUGGGGUCUAUCCCUCCAGCAAGGCAGCUGUUGCUGAGUUCUUAGUGGUGUGUGUGGGACUGGGAGGAUGGGCUCCGCCUAAAUCCUUAACCUGCAGGGGAAAGCUUUAACAUUAGCAAGCGUGUGUUUUCCCAGUCCAGGUGAGUCUCCUCCACGCUCUUUCUUGUGAGUUCCCCAGGAGAGCAAACCCUGUACUUCCUCCAUUCUGAUGGGAUGCCAAUACGGUCUUAACACGGCUAGCGGAACAGGGCGGCUGAGUCUUCUCCGCCCUUCUUCUCUUUGUUCCUAUCUCCACAGACAAGCUCAGCUGCAUUCUCAGUAGGUAGAAAAAGCCAAGCUCUUGUGACUUGUUUGGCUCCUAAAAAUUAACUUGGCCGGAAAGAGCCUUUCAUUCCAAGUGAAAACCGCCUUCAGGCCUUUUGUCCGAUUCUUUGUUUAUUCUCAGUUGUCAUUCCUUUUCACGUGACCACGGUGAUUUUCCUUCAAAGGUAUGUCAGAUGCCAGUUUUGGGGCGGCCUUCUUUGGUGCAGUAUUAAGGGUCAAGCUGGAUCCAGCGACGUUUCCAAAGGGAGGCUCCGCGCUUACAGUUGGCGAGCGAGCAGAAUUCCGCCAGAUUCUGGGGGAGGGCCGUGUGGUGGGCCACUUCACUCAUAAGCUCCAUAAUCAGUUCUGGUCGAAUCCAGGCAAAGCUGAGUCAAGCUGAAAUCCUAUCGAGGUGCCCAGGCCUUCCUUUCUCUGGCUCUGGGACUUUGGCCACACAAUUAUGGUUAAAUCUGCCAAAUAGUUUUUUUUGGGGGGGGGGAGGGGAGGGCUGAUGUCCCUGAAGUAGAUUUUAGUCAGGAAAAAAAGGACACGGGAGGAACCUGGCUUUUAAGGUUUUAUUUUUGUAAUUAUGAACAAAGCUACUUCAGGUAGCUCCUUUUUAAUUUUGCUGGAAUGUUGCUAUAGUGUACGUCGCCUCUCUAAGGAAGCAAAAAAAAUUAAGUAAUUCUUCUUUGAACAGAAAAAGAAAACCCACAAGACUUGCUGGGAAGCACGAGGUCCUGUAUUUCCCAUUUGAACGGGAGGCUUCAUAGCUUGCUUGUGUGUAUGUGUGUGCGCGUGUAUGUGUUACACUUUGUGACGAGCAAUUCAGCCGCCACGGCCUCUCGUUUGCUCAAGUGCUGAAUUCCCAGGCCGUUUUCUUUGAAACACAAGGUUUUUAAAUCGGGUUUGGGACAACCGCAAUUCCGCUACAUUUCUAACCUGGCCUUCAUCAUUCCGUUCUGCUGAAGUCCAGUCUUAGUUAACUGUGUACUUGUCGGAGGGCAUAAGUGUUCUUUGUCUCCUACGAUGCUGUCACUGUGUGACAUCCCGUGAGAAUUUUGCUGUCAAUCACGCUGUGCUCGAAUCAGCUGUGAUUUAUUAUGCUUAGAAAAUACUGUAGUCUCCUAGGAAGCAGCGUGGCUUCUUUCCUAAAGGGUUGAAACAAAUGUGAUUAUGGUCCUGAAAGAUAUUUGAGAUCAGCUUCUUCUUCUUUUCUUUUUUUUUUUUAACAAAGUCAUUUUUUACAAAAAAAUAAAAUAAAAAUAAAGCUGGAAAUGAUGGAAUGCUGUUUUGUUCCUUGUCAAUGGUGUUGUGUUCAUCUUAUGUAUGUUCCUUAUUCAUGAGGAAUGUCAGAAAAUAAAACAAUUGAAUAAGCAAA